AUGGGGCUAACGUUCACGAAGCUCUUCAGCCGGCUCUUUGCCAAGAAGGAGAUGAGAAUCCUGAUGGUCGGUCUCGAUGCGGCCGGUAAGACGACCAUCCUAUACAAGCUGAAGCUUGGAGAGAUAGUCACGACCAUUCCGACCAUUGGUUAGCUCUCUCCCUCUCUCUCUCUCUCUCUCUCUCUCUCUCUCUCUCUCUCUCUCUCUCUCUCUCUCUCUCUCUCUCUCUCUCUCUCUCUCUCCCUCUCUCCCUCUCUCUCGAUCUCUCGAUAUCGUCGUCUGUCUUCGGAAAAUAGACUGCAUGCCAUUUAUUGCUUUGCUAGCUGAUUUUUUCGUUGCUAAAAUAUCUGUGCGUCUUUAUUGCAUUUCUUGAGCAAGAUACAUAGGGUAUCACUAGUGGAACAGGUUCUCACAUUUAGUGGACGUGAUUUCGCUACCUUUUUUUCUGCCGUCUUUUGUUGAUCCGGUAUGAAGAGUGGUAUUAUUAUAGUUUGGGAAGAAAAGAAGUGCACGUUGAUCUGGAUGUCCUGUUUUCGACGAUAGAAUAGGAAAAUAUAGACCCUUCUCGUAAGUUGGUCAGAACUUUUACAUAGAAACGGUGAUGUGUUUCUUUUGUAUUUUCACUGUUAGCUUUUAUUGAUGAUAAUUUUUUGCAUCAGAAUCUGCUUAAUCUGCUUAGUAACUCAAUGUUAUAGAGAUCAUAUGGGAGGUAUUAUGUGAUCUAAUAAUUUUUACCCCUAAUGAAAUUCAUGAGUCGAAGCUAUUUGGUUGUGACCCUAUGUUACAAUUGUGUACAUGAAGGCUAGUCGUAAGUUGAUUGAAAUAUAUUUUUUCCAUCAUAGAGUUAAUGAUUUUUGUUUAUGAAGUCCAGAUAGUUUCAUUCUAAAGUCACAAUUUAAUAAUUUUAUGACGACAUAACAUCACUUCGAUGAUUUCUUAAAUAUAUUUGAAGGGUCUUUGUUUAGAAGAAGAACAGUAGGAGAGCCACACUAGAGAAUGCGAUUAAAUGUGAAAUAUUUUAGUAAUGUGAGAAUAUAAGAGUAAUGGAUCUGCGCCUCAUUGAUAUUUACGAUUAUUUAGAGAACUUUUAUCUCAGAGAAGAACAUCCGCUGGGCUACAUGAGAGUGUAGAUAGGAAGAGUUUUUGCUUAUAUAAAAGUUUGUCAAGAAACAUUGAUGUCUGCUCUUUUGAGGCACUCGUUAAGGAACACAGAUUUAUACGGCGCUAUUUCUCGUUAUAAAAUUUCAGAUCUAAGACUGAACUAAAGACGCUUAUUUUAUUAUUACGGUUUGACCCUUUAUCAUUCCCUGAAAAUCGCAUCCUUUCUUUACUGCUAUGUUUUUAUUUUGCUAUUUCUAUGACAGAGCAUGACAAAGGAAUGCUAAAAAAUGUCCUGAACUUUGGUGUCAUUCCUUUUCUACUCCUGUAGGUUUUAACGUGGAAACUGUGGAAUACAAGAACAUUAGCUUCACUGUUUGGGAUGUUGGCGGUCAGGACAAGGUACUGUACUCGUAUUGUUAUUGACUAUACAGACAUCGUUUGCUAUUUUGUUGAUGGCAUAUUCUCCUUUAUCACAAAAUUGUCUUUCACUCUUCAUUUAGGCUCGAUCAGAAGCCUAAUUCUCUAAAAUGUGCAACUAAUUAAGAACUUAUCCGGUCUGCCAUCUGGUCUCGUGCAACUAGUCUAAAGUCAAUUGGCAAGGCACUGGAUAACAUCCUUCACAAAGUUGAAGUCAGCCUGAUAUUGUCUAAAGGGUUAUCUGUUUGUUGCUUUGCCUGCCAGUUUAUAGUGUGAUUAAAGGUUGAAUUAUGGUUAACAAUUAGAGCCUGUUACCCGUCCAUGGUAUCCAUUAGAUAUUCAUACAACUUCUACCUUUUUUCUGUUUGCUUUAUUGAUCAGUUUGUUCGAUAGUGUUGUGAGAUCAGGAUGAAAUACUGCUAUUUCACGUUGCCAAUUAAUAACUUGAACUUUGGAAAACAGAUUAGGCCGCUCUGGAGGCACUACUUCCAGAACACCCAGGGCCUUAUCUUUGUUGUGGACAGUAAUGAUAGGGAUCGUGUGGUUGAGGCAAGGGAUGAACUCCAUAGGAUGCUGAAUGAGGUGAGUUUUCUAUCGCUCAAAACGCCACAGGCUGUUGCUAUACUAUCAGUCUUCAUACAUUCACUUGGUUUUUGCCGUCCAUGCAGUAUUUCAGCAAAAAUGCCAUGCAUCUCUGCAUCUCCAAAUUAUCUUUAAAAUCCGAUGACUAUUGAUCAUUCAUCAACACGGUGUUUGGUGAUGGCAGGAUGAGUUACGAGAUGCUGUGUUGCUCGUAUUUGCCAACAAACAAGAUCUUCCAAAUGCAAUGAAUGCUGCUGAAAUCACUGACAAGCUUGGCCUGCACUCCUUACGCCAACGACACUGGUGAGACAAUCAUUCCUCAUUCUGAAUUACUCCAUUUUUUGUGUUUCUUAGAAUAAAAUAAGCAGAAACACACGACAGGGAAUCAUAAAUCUACUGAUAAAAUAUGCAUUUUUACUCUCACGGGAGUCUUAGUUUGAAUGUGCCAAUGACCGCCGUCCAGUGGAAAUAAAAAACCGAGCACACAUUCGUGGUAGAAUAAUGUCUUCUUUUUUACCAAAGUCCCAUAAAGAUUCCUGUUUUAAUCGUUGAGCUCUGAUCGCACCACUUCUUCCUCCUAAUACUAACUGCCCUCCCCAUAUGCCCCAUGAAUAAUAUCUUCGUGCUGGAUAGCCCAACAGCUUCAAAAGCUUAACACCAUCGGGCUAAAAUUAUUUAUUCUACGAGCCAGAUCUGCGAACUCCAUCCACAUUUGUGACAUGCUUGCAGGUACAUCCAGAGCACCUGUGCCACUUCCGGUGAAGGCCUCUACGAGGGCUUGGAUUGGCUCUCCAGCAAUAUCGCCAGCAAGGUAUCAUCAUCUCUCACUUAUAGAUAG